AUGCAAUGUCGUGAUAUAAAACCAAGAUAUAAAAUUUUAAAUGACUUGAUGGGUAAGUAUAAAACAUCAACAAAACAUAUUUAUCAGAUUUGGAGGGGGGAAGAAGCUAAUAGAGUUCUCUGGGAUCAACCUAUACCCCACGAUGAUGAUGAUGACUCUAAUCAAAAUUUAAAUAUUUUGCAUAAUGCACAAAUCACUAAAUCAGAAGAAGGAUUAGCAGAGUUACUAGAUAA